AGAAAACGGGGAAAACGACAGCAAUCUGAGAACCGCAAAAGGGGAGGACGAAAGCAAGAAGACCAACGUAAAGAUGAAAGGGGACGCCGAUAAAUCCGUGGCGAAUGGGGGGAAAGAGACGAAGGUCCAGCAACAAGAUUUACCAGCAUUUCUUGCCAUGUUUUCAAAAGACGAGCUCCGGGACAUCGCCAAUAUUGGCAUUCGGGUAGCGAGGGAGCGUCAACACGAUGCCCAUUCCUGGUCCCGCUUACCGGGACAGUGGCAACAGCCGACUUCACCCACCAAAGACAUGCUUCCAGUAUGGAACUGUCAUUUGUGAUUGGUCAAUUUGUUAUAAGUCGAACGAUGGACAAUAGAUGAUAAUUCAUCGGACGUAUAAUUUUCAUCUCUUUCACAGUGAUUUUGUUUUUGUGCUCGAUUGACACUCGUUGUCAACAUUAAAUCACAAUACCAUAGUUUAUUUAAUCGCAUAAUCGAAGAUAAGAUUAAAAACGUAUGCAUGAUGCAGCAGACACUGUUUUUGUUGCUACUUACAGGUGCCGUCAACGCUGUACAGAGGUGGAGGCGGAGAAUCGAGCCAGGCGCCAGCCUUUCGCGCUUUGCCCAGUCGGGAAAUGCUGGAAAUAGUUGUGGCGCUGAAGACGCUGCCGGGAACGGUUCGCGACCUUCAGCGUUCGCUGCGAGAGCUUAGCCAAAUACAAGCGGACUUGCAGGUGGCAGGGAGAAGCAAGAGCAGCGCUUCAUCGUCUGCGAGUUCAGCUACCGAAGCUAGCGGCUACGGGCCCUCGAAGCAGAGUGCGAGUGGUCUUCCGGCUUACGGAGGACCAGCACGGAAGAGCAGCUCGGGACGCAGAAGACCAGAGGGCAAGCGAGUGCAGCACGGGGAAUCAAGAGCAGGGGAUGUUCGAGAUCACCGAGGUUCACGGAGGCGGCGGCGCGAUCAUGCCUUUGCGCCGCAGCAGAAUCUCUUCGGCGCGCC